AUGGACCUCAAGAGAAAUGCAGGUGCAGAAACGAAAGUUUCAUCUGGCUUUCAGUCAGAAGAGGUUCGUCAUGAGAAGACUGAAAGAGGUGAAGUGUACAGAUGGCAGGUGAUGUGUGGGAUUAUAGCAGGAUUUUUACACUACUUGUUCCUGGCUGCGUUUGUUUGGAUGUUUCUGCAGGGAAUCCACCUCUUUCUCAUGGUCAGAAACAUCAGGAAUUUAAGAGUUCCCCAUUCAGGAAAAGUUGAGAAACUCAUGUACCUUCUUGGCUAUGGGGUCCCUGCAAUAAUUGUGUUCAUUUCUGCUGCAGUGUAUCACGAUGGUUAUGGCUCACCCAGGCACUGCUGGAUCUCCACAGACAAAGGAUUCAUCUGGAGUUUCCUGGGACCUGUGUGUCUGAUCAUUCUGAUCAACACGGCUCUGUACUUCACAAUACUCUUGACAUUGAAAAGAGAGAUUUCCAAGCGGGACACUCAAGUGUCUAAACUUCAGGAUACAAGGAUGCUGACCUUUAAAGCCAUUGCUCAGGUGUUUAUCCUGGGCUGCACUUGGAUUUUUGGUUUGUUUCAGUUACAGGAAGAGCCCGGUGUAAUGACCUAUUUAUUCACCAUCAUUAACAGUUUCCAAGGCACAUUCAUCUUCAUUCUCCUCUGCAUAUUAAAUCCCAAGGUGAGAGCCGCUUAUUGUAAUUACUUCGCCAGGAUGUAUAAGGCAAUGGACACAGUGGCCUCAGAGGAGGAUAAAGCCAACACAAUGACGGUCUUAUCGAUCUCAAAGGACUGAUGAAACUUCAUUUCCCUCACUGGCUGAGACAGAUGAAAGCGUUAAUGCCAUCAUCGUCUCUGACACAGUGAUCAAGGAACCACCCAACACUGAAAUGCUUAGCAGUUACUGAGGAACCACGCCAUUCAAUUAAACAAGUCUGUGUUGGUGUUUACCCUCUGUGAGAGCAAAUUGUUCUAUACACAUUUAUCCAUUUUUCACUGAUGUCCUUUCAACUCCAAUCCCCUCAGCCACUUAUUGAACUGAAUCUUGAAUAUUGGUGCAGUGUCCAGCUCAAGCACAGUCUUGUUAGUGAAUCCCAGUCUCACAAACUGAAGAGGUUUUUCCUGCAUGCUGACUCAAAUAGAAAAGCAUAGUGGUGCUGUACUCAACAAAUAAUCCAAAGGCCCAGGCUGAUGUUCUGGGGACUUUCUGUGAGAAAUAUCAAAAUAAUGCUUUGUUUGAGAAAAGCUUCCUCAUUUCUGUCGUUAAUGAAUAAGCUUAAAUUCACAACACUCAUGCAUUUGACACCAUCUGAGACAAAGCAACCCACUUGAUUGGCACCCUAACCAUAAACUUCAACAUUCAUUCCCCCACUGAUGCAUAGUGGCAGCAGUGAACGCUAUCUACAAGAUGUUCUGUGAGUAAUUUACCAAGGCUCCUCCAAAGGCCCCUUCUGAACACUGUCUACAUUAAAGGCAGCAGCUACAAGGGAACACCACCACCUCCACAUUUCCCUCCAAGCUACUCACCACCCUGACUUGAAAAUAUAUCAAUGCUCCUUCACUGUCACUGGGGCAAAACCCUGGAACUGCAUCCCUAACAGUACUGUGGGUGUACCAACAUCAGAUGGGCUGCAGUGGUUGAAGAAGUCAGCUCACUGCCAGGUUCUCAAGGGCACUGAGGAAGGGAUGGCAAAUUCUCAUUCGGCAUGAAAUGCUAACAUCCAAGAAUGAAUAAAAACAAUACAAGAGUGCUUUACAGUCGAUGAAAUGUCACUUUUGUAAAAUAGGAAAGCAAGGCAGACAAUUUGCGCACAGCAAGAGCCCACAAACAUCAAAAUCGAAUUGGUCAGGAAUGUCCAGGA